AAAUUUCCAAUAUUUAUUCACAUGUUCAAUAACAAGCCUCCCUCCAGAGGACGCCAAAUCGUUUAUACGGCCCCAGCUACUAGCUAGUGAGUUUGUGCUUCGAUUUGAUAGACAAAGCAACCAAGUUAAAAGCAGUCAUGUACUCCACCUCGUAUGAUUGCGAGGGUGACUAUCAAGAAUGCGAGAGCGAGAGUAGCGAUGAAGAAGCAGACGAGAAUGCGCCGAUAAAGUCGCGCAACGUCCUGGCCCGGCCACCGCCAUCCAGUCUGGCAACAACGGAGCAGUCUAACACGUUUGAACAGGACAUGGAAGAUGAACUUGACCUGAGCAUGCAGUCCGUCAUUCAAAAUGCCUUUGGCGCAUCCUCAGCCGGCAUGCUACUUAACCAUGACGGUGACCAGGCUACAGUGAAGCAGAAGGGAUCAAAGAAGAAGAAAACCUCUCGCCCGGGCAGCAAUGCUGGUACCAGCGAUGAUGGAGCGUCAGCCGGAGAGUUCUACGACGAUAUCUACUUUGAUUCCGGUUCGGAUGGCGAGGGAGAGCGGCAUUCCGUGGCGGAUGGUGCGGGUGCAUCGGGCUCUAGGCCAGCAGGUGCAAUACCGAGGAGUGCAAAAAGGCGCUUCCCCGUCCUCAGCAAUGACGACCUGUUCUAUGAUCCUGACAUUGAUGAAGACAAUGAGCUGUGGAUGGCCAACAAACUGCGGUCUCAUCGAGGUGUACGCAAGGUCAAGCGCAAGAAACGCUCACAAGGUGCUGCGGAUUCAUCACAGGCGUCCGGAUCACCUGAAGAAGCUACUGCUGCUGCGCAAGGAGACCAACCGACCACUGCAGUGCCACGCAGUGAUGCGCAUCUGAGCUGUCCUGCUUGCUUGACCACUCUGUGUGUGGACUGUCAACGACACGACAUCUACCGUAGCCAAUAUCGGGCUAUGUUUGUCAUGAACUGUGCCAUCAAAGCCGACCAGGUGCUCAAGUACAAGCCGAAAGAACCGCACAAGAAGCGCCCGGCCAAGAAGCGCACUGAUCGUGGAGGCAGAGCAGCUGAUGCAGACGAAGCGGCUGCUGAGCAUUCACAGCCCACAGUGCCCGAAGCGGCCAUGGAGGAUGGAUCCGUGGGUGACCAGUACAAGCCGGUCGUGUGUUCUCAGUGUUCCACCGAGGUAGCUGUGUAUGACAAAGACGAGGUCUAUCACUUUUUCAAUGUCAUUGCCGGUCAUGCAUAGCUCCGUUCGGUCCGUCAGGUGCCUGGACAACGUGGCUCACAUCUCUGUAGAUAACCGACUUUAGAGCAUAGAAGCUGUACAUAUCAUCUCCGUUGCACAUAAAUAUUUUCUUCUGCAUGUGUUCCCGUCAGCGAUCGAGCAGAUGGGGAUGUGUUGUAUUUGUAUUGUUUGCUGUGACAUGUAUUUCAUCAUGUGUGCGCGUGUACAUAGUGUUAGCAACAUGUUGGCCCUGAAGGUCCCAUGCAUAGACAUUUUAACUCCCUCAACUAAUGAACAUCUGAAUGCUCUCCUCUCAAUAACCAAUUUUAAUACCACUCUUCUUUUUUGGAAAAAAAAAGUUAUCAAAUGUCA